GCCAACUUGUCGAAAUCGAAAAAGAAAAAACGCGGCAAGCGGCGCGGUACAUUGACACUCUCGGGUCUUGACCGUGGUCAGUUUGACAGGUGAACAAAUAAACAUAAACCCCUUGCCGUUAGAUCGGAGGGUGAAAAAUAAGUUUUCCAACCCCCGUUAUGUAAUAAAAGCGAGUUACAAUUUAAUAUAAAUCUGUUCUAUCUUCUGAUUGGAGCGUCUAGCCUCGGGCUAUGUUGGGGCGAAACCUGCAAAUAUCGUUGAAUUCCUUACUUUACGCUGUCUAAACACAAUCUACCUGAUGCAUCGGUCUUGUUUCAGAUUCUAUUACCUCAGCAGUUUUAAUGGUGCUAGAUGAUCUUUUAUCCAAAUUUUAUCCAGUAUUAUUCCAAUUAAGGUCAAAAUGCUUCCUGAAUUUGUUUCUUUCUUGCUAUUUAUUAUAACAUCAGUUUCUUGCCAAUCUUCAUAUGAUAUGUAUCCUCAAUUUCCUGGCGAAUUCCGUCUCAACAAAAAUAAAAAUGAACCGACAUAUUUUGUCAUGGCUUCUAAAAUGGUCCGUCCAGGACAAGUUUAUCGAGUGACAGUGAGUGUGUUUCACACAAUGUUCCCGAUAACAGUUAGAGCUUCUAUCCAGCGAGAUGGAGUUGAACUUGCGACUGCUCUGCAAGAAGUGAAGCAAGACAUGCCUGAAACUCUCUUACUAAAAGUUCCUACUACAAGUGUUCAAGGCUCAUACAAUCUCAGGGUUGAGGGCAAUGUGAAUGGGGUCCUUGGUGGUACAGCUUUCAUUAACGAAACAAGGCUGACUUUUUCUCAGAGGUCGAUGACAAUAUUUAUACAAACUGAUCGACCAGUCUAUAAACAAGGACAAACAGUUCGUUUUCGAGCUCUUCCAAUUACGACAGAUUUGAAAGCAUUUCCAGAUGCAGUUGACUUGGUCAUGUUAGAUCCCAGAAGGACCAUAGUUCGGCGAUGGCUCUCAAGACAAACCAAUCUUGGAGCUGUAAGCUUGGAAUAUCCACUAUCAGAACAACCUGUGUAUGGCAAAUGGACGCUACAAGUUAUUGCUCAGGGACAAGUUGAAGAACAUAAUUUCUUGGUUGAGGAAUAUUAUCAAACGAGAUUUGAAGUAAAUGUCACAAUGCCUUCUUUCUUUACUGAUACAGAACCAUUCGUUUAUGGAACGGUAGAAGCCAAUUAUACAAGUGGUGUUCCUGUUAUUGGAAAUUUGACAUUAGUCGCUUCGAUUGAAUCCCUAAAAUCCACCAGUAAGAGAGUUGCUUCAAUUCAACAGUAUUGGAGACGUUUCGAAGGUAAAACAGAUUUCAAGUUUGACAUGAGAGAAUUUUCUGAGCUUGAACCACAACUGGAUAAAUCGAAGAUCGUCGUCACCGCCCACGUUGGAGAGAGGUACUUGGAUCUGAUUGAAAAAGGUUUUGCAGAAGCCAUCGUUUUCAGCUCUCGGAUCAAAAUUGACUUCCUGGGUGAUGAUCCGCAGAUCUUUAAACCUGGAAUGCCUUACAAAGUCUUUGUCGCCGCCUAUUAUCAAGAUGGUUCAGGUAUUCCCCCUGAACGCCUCAUGAAACAACGAAUGCAAAUAACUCCUAUCAUCGAAUUCUAUAAUGGAGGAUCUCGUCGUCUGAGUACCCGAUUUGAAAAAAUGUCCACUCUUCAUCCGGGAGUUUGGGAAGUUGGAAUUGAUUUAGAAAAUGAAUUUAUUUCCAAAGAAGAUAUGAAAAAUAUAAAGUUGAUGGUUUUAGAGGGAUAUUUCUUCGAUGAUCUUACGGGAGAGCAAGCAAAAGCUCAUUUGAAAGUGUAUGCAUCGUAUUCUGUUAGUAAUAGACAUCUUCGCAUAUCCACAAGUACUCGUCAACCAAAGGUGGGAGAAUACAUCAUUUUUCACGUUCGUGCAAAUUAUUUCGUUGAAUCCUUUUCUUAUGUUGUUGUAUCGAAGGGAAUCAUUCUUUCAGCUGGCCAAGAAACGAUGACAUCGAGCAUAAAAACAUUCGCCAUUUCUCUCUCUCCUCAGAUGGCACCCACGUCGACUGUCGUCAUUUACAGUGUCGCCAGAGAAGGGGAAGUUAUUCUAGACAGUCUCACAUUCCCUGUUGACGGAAUAAAAAGAAAUAAUUUUACUGUGACACUGAAUAAUCUAAAAGAUAAGUCUUUGGAUACCGUAGAAGUGGUUGUGUUUGGUAGACCUUCGUCCUACGUUGGUCUGGCUGCAAUCGACAAAGCUCUUUAUGAUAUGAAAGGAGGAAACGAAUUCAGCCAUGUUGAGGUUCUAAGGAAAAUGAGUCUUUUUGACGAAGGGUUUAAUAGUACCCUUACACAUGUAUGGUUAUCUAAAGAGGGAAAUUUGGAUAGCGUUGUUCAUUACCCAGCCUCUUCCUAUGGGAUAGACGCAUAUUCAACUCUACAGUAUGCUGGUCUUGUUGUUUUUACCGAUGCAAAUGUUACCAGAAGAUAUGAUUAUUGUAACGAAUCUCUUGGCUAUCUAACGUGCCUGGAUGGUUCGUGCUACAGGUAUGAUAAAAAUUGUGAUGGAUUCAAAGAUUGUCCUGACAACACAGAUGAGAGCGGAUGUCCAGAAAAAGAUGAGUUGAGACUUAAGGACUUUAAAAUGAAUAGAAUCAAUCGCAUACAAAGGCUGUACGACAAUGCUUGGUUGUGGCAUGAUUUCAACAUUGGGCCUUUAGGAUAUUACAUUUUCAAUGUACCUGUUCCUGAGAUUCCCACACGAUGGAUGGUCAGUGCCUUUGGCAUGAAUAACGUUGAUGGUUUCGGAAUUCAAGACAAAGCUAUUGAAUUUUCAAGUGUAAAGCCAUUCUAUAUGAAUGUUGAAAUGCCUACAAAGAGUAUGCAAGGUGAACAAAUAGGCAUUCGAAUAAGUGUCUUCAACUACAUGCUUUAUGAAAUCGAGGCUUUAAUCGUGGUCGCGAACUCCCCUGAUUACAAAUUUGUUCACGUCGAAUCUUUUGGAAGAGUGGAUUCUUAUGCUCCAAGGACAACUUCUGGAGAACAGCAGCAUUUAGUUUGGAUCAAGCCCGGAAAAGCAGUGGAAGUAUAUAUGCCAAUCGUACCCACCCGUUUAGGGGAUAUUGAUGUAACCAUCAUGACAAAAUCUCAAGUUGCCAAAGACAUCAUCACACGACGCAUACACGUUGAGGCUGAUGGUAUACCUCAGUAUCGUCACACGACUGUCCAAUUAGAUUUGAGUCAGGGAGCUUAUCUAAUUAAAUAUCUGGAUCUGAACAUUACAGAAACGCCCAUUGUUCCCUACAGGCAGGAAAGGUUAUACAUGUUUGGAUCCAACAGGGCUGAAGUUUCUGUUGUUGGGGAUGUCACUGGCCCAGCUUUUCCCACAAUGCCUGUCAACGCUAGUACAUUGCUUCGCAAACCCUUUUGGUGCGGUGAACAAACCAUGUUUAAUUUCGCAGCGAAUUUAUAUAAUUUACUAUAUCUUAGAUUGACCGGUCAGCGGCAACCUGACAUUGAAAAGCAAGCUUUCAAAUAUCUGAAUAUGGGUUAUCAAAGGCAACUGAGUUAUCAAUUGAGUGAUGGUUCUUUUAUUCCUUUCCGUUGGAACUCAAGACCCAGUGUAUGGUUGACAGCGUUUUGUGCUAGAAUCUUUCAUAAAGCAACAUUCCAGGAAUGGGAACAUUUUCUAUUCAUAGAUCCUGAUGUUAUAUCAAGAGCUGUAAAUUGGUUGUUAGAUCAUCAGACACCAGAGGGAGCUUUUUAUGAAACGGCCUCAACACUUUUUGAUAGAAAAAUGGAUUCUGUUGAAGUAGACUUGGAUUCUUCGUAUGGUGGGCCGCGUUACAGAAACAUUUCUUUAACUGCUCACGUUUUGAUUACUUUAUCCGAACUGAAAGAUCUGCAAGGAGAUGUUGGGUCCAGAAUAUCCACUGCUAGACGGCAAGCCCAAAAGUAUCUGGAGCGAGCUCUGCAUCUAGUACGAGAUUUACCAGAUCCUUAUGAACUUGCCAUCUCAACCUAUGCCUUAACUAUGGCCAACAGUCCUGAUGCUAAUGAAGCACUCAACUUUCUGGAUUCAAGAAUGAGAGAAGAGAGUGGAAUGCGUUAUUGGGGUCGCGAAAGAGUGAAAGGACAAACAGUCAAAAUCGAAAACACCCGUCCCUACAUAAUCUCUCGUCUACCAGAUAAGUAUGAUGCUUCUAGUAUAGAGGCCACUGGAUACGGUCUCUUGGUACACGUUGAACGGAAUGCUGUCAUACAAAGGGAGAUUGUUGAAUGGUUGAACUCACAAAGACUGACAGUUGGUGGAUGGGCUUCCACUCAGGAUUCUAUCGUUGCAAUGCAAGCAUUAAUAGAACAUGCAAUCCAGUCUCGUAUACGUGAUGUUGUUGAUGUAACAGUUACCAUUGAAGUACCAUCAGUGCCUGGCUUCGUGAAACAGUUACACAUAGGAGAUGAUAAUCUAUCAAAACAACAGAAAUUUGAAAUUGAUAAUGCUUGGGGUGUUGUUCUCGUGCGAGCUCAGGGAUCGGGAGUUGCUUUAGUUCAAUUGUCGAUACAGUACAAUGUGGACUGGCCUCACUUACAAACACCUCCACCAGUGGAAGCUUUUGCACUCCAAGUGAGAGGUUACUACUACGGACGAAAUAGCUCCCAUAUUGAAAUCAGUUCAUGUCAAAGGUGGACUUACUUAGAAGAAAGUGAAAAGAGUGGUAUGGCAGUACUGGAAGUCAGUAUACCGACAGGAUAUGUCAUUCAGCAACAAGACUUGGAUACUUAUGUACACUCCGGAAGAGUUAGGAAUCUCAGAGAGGCUCGUUACGAUGAGAGAAAAGUCUCUUUUUAUUUUAACUAUCUUGAUCAACAUAGUACAUGUGUGUCUUUCAAAAUUCAGAGGUGGUACCCUGUUGCAAACAUGACUAGAUGGUUACCUGUGCGAGUAUAUGAUUACUACGCACCAGAGCGAUUUAACGAAACGAUGUUCGAUGUAUACAAUUUGUUCGUGCUCAGCAUCUGCCAAGUUUGUGGGUCUUAUCAGUGCCCUUACUGUCCUAUCUUCAGUUGGAGCAGCAUCGUUGUUUCUAGUCCCAUCAUCCUUUUGGCGUCCAUUUUCUCAUGGUUCAUCUUAUACAGAAAUAUGUCCAUUUAGGAAAAUAAAAUUACUUAGUUAAUCGAACUGAAGUGAACAAAUUAUCAAAGAGAUCGUUUUAGGAUACUUCGUGGUAAAUAUUUAGGAUCUGGACCUUAUUAGACUGUGAUAAGCUUUCCUAAAAUUACUCAUUGACAUAAUUUUAUUAGUUUAGUUACCACGUGUGGCAACAUUGUGAGAAGUUACUCAUUUCUUGCUGUACAAGUUCAUCAGAGAUAUUGGGUGUUUUCACAAAUUCCAAAAAGAAAAUCAAAAAAGUAUAAUACUUUUGCAUAGGUUGUGUUUGUAUAUAUGUUUAAAAUUCUAUCAUGUGGGUUAAAGUUGUAAAUAUAUUUUGUAGGUACGAUGAAUUUGCAUUUAUUUUAUUGUUUCAUUGUAAUUAUAGCACGAUUUACAAAUUUUGAACUGUGUUAAAAAUUUGUUUUGCAUUAGUUUUGUUUUAAAACUUGGAAAGAAUAUUGUUUUUUUUUUCUUUUUUAGCUGCAAUUUUUCUUGCUAUUUUUAACCCCUUAAACAUUCACUUAAAAGUUAAGCACUUAUUUUUUAAUGUUUAUUUAUUUACAAAAGACUUGUCUGCAAAAUUAUAGACAGUUUAAGCAAAUACAAGACAGUUGUGUAGGCUGAAAAACGUUUAAAUUUUUUAAAGCCACUCGAAUUUGGAUCUGGUAAAAAUACUGACUUUUUCUUUAUUUGCGAACUGAGGUGAAUAGACAAAGGGUGUUCUUUAGCGACAGCUAUUUAUAUUCCUUUUAGGAGUCUUUGUAAAAAAUGAAAUU